AUGAAAAGUAACGAAUCGAGAAUCAGCGAGUUCAUACUUCUUGGCUUCACAGAUAUUCGAAUGCUGCAGCUCCUGUUUUUUGUCAUUCUUCUCUUUGCCUAUUUUUCCACAAUUACUGGAAAUGCUGUGAUUAUCAUCCUGGCUAAUAUAGACUACCGGCUACAGACCCCAAUGUAUUUCUUCCUCUGGAAUUUUUCGGUUUUAGAACUUGGAUUUACCACGGCUGUCAUUCCCCAAACUUUGUCCCAUCUUUUGACGGGCCACAAAAGCAUUCCUUAUGUUGCUUGCAUGAUACAGUCUUUCAUGUAUUUUCAUCUGGGUACCACAGAGUUCUUCCUCUUGGCUGUCAUGUCCUACGAUCGAUACUUGGCUAUCUGUAACCCCUUACGCUACCCAUCCAUCAUGAAAAAGAGUUUAUGCACCUUGCUGGUUUUCUGUUGCUGGAUUGGAGGCUUCCUACUCAUCAUUGGUCCUUGUGUGAUCUUUCUACAGUUUCCAAUGUGCAACUCAAACAUACUGGACCAUUUCUUUUGUGACAACACACCAUUGAUCCAACUCCUAUGUGGGGACACAAGAUUUCUUCAGCUUUUUGGGUUCGUCACCGCUGUGAUUUCUUUGCUGGGGACUUUGAGCAUUUCAGUGGCUUCCUACAUCAACAUAAUUAAAACCAUCUUGACUAUCCCAUCUGCUACAGGGAGAAAGAAAGCUUUUUCCACCUGUGCCUCUCACUUCAUUGUGGUGUCCAUCACCUAUGGGAGCUGCAUCUUCCUUUAUAUCAUCCCAUCCCAGGCAAGCAAAGUGGAGAUUGGAAAAAUAGUGGCCAUUCUCAACACAAUAGUUUCCCCUUUGCUCAAUCCUUUCAUCUACAGCUUGAGAAACCAACAAGUUCAGGAAGCCUUCAAAGAUCUGUUGAAACAGGUUGCAGUCUUUAUUAAAGGUCCUAGGAAAACCUGA